GUAGAGAGCUGGCUUCCAGUGUUCGAUUGCUGCGGCUCAUUGAGCCUCCAAGAACGUACAUCUCGACGUUUCGCCGGAUGUCGUCGUUAUCUGGCCUCUGGCAGCAUCCAAAGGGCAGCUUGAUCCUUCAGCAUCUGCAGGAGGUGCAGCAGAACACCGACUCAGGCAUCGCCACGCGAGUGGAGAGCUUCAAGGACGCCUCCCUUCUGAACACACUGCCUUCGCUGCUUGCCAAUGCCAACCUGGAAGGCAAGAAGGGCGCUGACGCGUCUGGAGUGGAGAAAUAUGCUGGUGAGAGGCAAGGCGGACAGAAGAACGAUGGCCGCCCCGGAUUAACGUCUUCCGUGGUAUUCUUCACUUCCGCUUGUGUGCAGCUGAGUUGACGGUGACUGCUCCGCGAGGCUCUCUGUAUGCCGGCGCCCCUCUGCGCUUUGAAGCAGAGUUCCCCCUGCAUUAUCCGGAGCUGCCACCCCUCUUGUCGGCGCGGUCCAUCCUGCACCAUCCUGACAUCGACGACACGACUUACGAGCUGGCAGGGGUCACAGCCCUCAUCAAGACACACCCCAAGGGGCCGCUGUUUGGCUGCAUGGCGGCACUCGACUCGCUCUGGGACGUCGCUGCCGUGCCGUGGACAGGUGAGCAGACGGAGGGGGAGGCGGCAGGGAAGCACGGGCAUAUGUGUCCUCCCCCACUUGUGUGUUGGUUGGUUCCUCGACAGAUGAGCAGUUGAAGACCUUCUGGGCGAGCCACUGGCGGCGCUGCACCCACCAGUGUGACAUGGUGCCCUUCUCGCUACAGCAUCUCAACUCGCUGUCCAAAGAGGACCAAGCCAGCCACCUCACAAGGCUGCGGGACCACAUCAAUCGCAGCAUGCGCCUGGAGUACGAGAACAACGGCCGCAUGCAUCAGGAGCGGACGCGGGUCGGCCAGGAGUACAGCAGGGUCACGCAGCAGCCGGAGGUCUUCGCUGCGUGGCCUGUCGAGUGGUUGGCGGACGGCUAUCGGGCGUUUCUUGAGGGCACGGCGAAGAUGCACGUGCGGCAGCCUGGUGACCCGCCAGCACCUCCUGGGGCGUUUGCGGUCACUGAGAUCGCUCGAGGGGUCUUUGCUUUCCAGAUGUUCUCGAGCAGCUUGUGUGACGCACUCGUCAAGGUCGGUCAGCACAUGAUACCCCUGUUUGUGUGGCUUGUCGACCCCUCUCUCGUGUGUGUGUGUCUUACAGGUGAUCAAGGAAUACAAUGCGUUGCCCGAGCAGACGUUCCCAAAGCGCCGACCCAACUCGUAACCACACACACACACACACACACGGACAGCACCACCGACAGGCAUGCAGAGAACCAGGCACAGUCUUUCUUGUCAUUCUUCUCCUCUCCUUGCAGGAUGAACAAGUAUGGGCUUGUGCUCAACGACAUCGGGUUGGAGGAGAGGAUGGACGACUUGCUGCAGUGGUGGCGGCCGCUGGCGGCCCUGCUCUUCCCCGGCCACGGCGGCCCCUCUCUCGACAGACACCACACAUCCAUCGUACACUAUGAAGAACACAACGACCGAAACCUCGAUGUGAGUCAACAAACAGGGAGGGAGACAGAGGAGCGGCAUGCACAACUCAACAUGUCUGUGUGCAUGUCAACCAAACAGAUGCACACGGACGCCAGCGACAUCACGCUCAAUGUCCACUUGGGCGGGUCGUUUGUAGGGUCCACCCUCACCUUCUGCGGCCGGUUCUUCGAGCCCAGGUCCCGCAAGGAGGCCACCACCUACGUGUUCAGCAAGGGCGAGGCGGUCAUGCACCUGGGCGCACACAGACAUGGUACGUUAGCGACACAGGAAGCCAUCUACCUGUCUGCGUUGCAUGUGUGUGUAUGUGUGUGUGCGUGUAUGGUCGUCAUGCAGGUGCCAACGAGCUGUACAAGGGUGAGCGGUUCAAUCUCAUCCAAUGGGGGCGAUCGCAGGCUUACCGGAGGCAACACGGCUCCUACCAGGCAAGCCUGAUCCCCACGGCAUCAGUCACCCGUCAGUGACACUCCAUAAAUGCAGACCCCGUGUGCAUGUCUAUGUGUGUGAUCAGGAGCAACUCUAUGAGCAGUACGCCAAGCGCAGCGCGGCUGCCGGCUUUGUUGAGCAGGGCAGCCCGGACCCCAUCUGCUUGUCCAGGACACACGACAGAGACUUCGACGUGAGCACAAAAACCAUCCAUUCACACACAAACAAACACACAGAGACCAAUCGAGAGACCUGUGUGUAUUCUCUGUGUGUGUGCAGCACUGGUCGCGUGUGUACAAGGAUAUCGACCUGACCAAGAGGAACGCAGAUGCCAUGAGGAGGACGCAGCAGCCGGCGUAGACAGGUUGGCUGAUGGGCAGGCGGACGGGCAGGCAAGCCCUUUUUGUUGGCGGAAUGCACGUACCCAUAUCCAUCGCAACCGUGGCGUGAAUUGAUGAGGGCCGUCGAGUGAGUAGUGUGAAUCUAGGCGGGCAUAUGGAACGUCGUAUGUCGUGUAGAUGUGUGUCGAUUCGGCGUCGUGGGUAGAGAAAGGGAGUCGGUGCGGUCAUUUCGUGGGUUUAUAUUUUUUCUGUCUUGUGAUGCGUUCAUUUCCCAUGUCUUGUCGUUGUCAUAUCCUCAUGCACUUCCUACGUCCCGGACAUCGUACCUACCUAACUGCAUAAAUGGACACGAAUGCAGCGUUUCUCUCUCUUCCCAUAAGACAACGAUUGACCUAC